AUGUCCGGCAAACCUCCAGGGAAACCUUCGCUGAAGCUGACCUUCAGCAAACCGAAAGUACCCCAGAUCCCGACACAUCCUCCAGCGAGCCCUUCACCAGCUGCUACACCUAGCCCUGCGGUGCCAAAAUUGAAGCUCAAAAUUGGCCCGAAACAACCUUCUCAGCCUGCCACCGAGACUGCACCUACACCAAAGCCUAAAAAAGCACCAAAGCAGGCAUCAUCUAAGCCUACUCCCCGUUCAACCAAAAAAAGGGUACGCGAUUCCACUGAACCGGCCGCUGCUUCAACAGCACCCACUCCUGCGGUAAAACGGAUUAAAUUUAGUAAAAAACCCCUUCCUUCGAUUCGACUCAAGAGCAAAGGCGAACCCCCUCGCAGGCCAAGAGGUGUUGGAUAUGACUCUGAAGCUUCAGAUGCCGAAAUUGAUCCUGCACUAGAAGAAGAAUUCAUUCUGCGCAUGCCGCCAGGUGAAGACUGCGACUAUGUUAGGCAGGCCGUUGAGGAAAAGCGUUUCGGGCCUCGAAGCCAAGGUGGCGCGGAUAUAAGUUUCAAGGCAUUAACUCGAGAUGGACGGAGAGCGACUGUCACCGUUAGAGGCAAGAUAUAUGCCGCUUCACUGGUGGAUUUACCCUGCAUUAUUGAGGGAAUGAAGAGUUGGGACAAGCGAUCCUGGUACAAAACAGCCGAUAUUUGCCAAAUGUUACUUGUUCUCGGGCAAGUCAAGUCAGAAGAAGAGGCUAGACAAUAUCCUCUACCGAAAGAUGUGGAACAAUCUACAUAUCAAUAUGCACAUGGCUUGACGCCCCCUAUGCACUGGGUGCGAAAAAGGCGCUUUAGAGAACGUAUCAGUAAUCGUACAAUUGAGGCUGUCGAAUUAGAAGUUGCCAGGUUACUGAAAGAAGAUGCUGAAGCUAUUGCACCGCCGGAGUUUGAGAUUCUAGAUCAUGGUCAAUAUGCCCGCGAAGAGUCAGGAUAUCAUGACUACGACGAUGAACAGGAUGCUGAGGGUGAAGUUGAUGAAACUACAUACAUGGAACCUGAAACACAGGAAGACAUGGCAGACCUAUUUGAGGAAGACCUCGCUGCAGAGAUGGAAGCUGCACUGGCAGCACAUGCAGAAGCUAGCUCUAUGCCCACAUCUGCUAUUGCUGACGAUAUCCAAGUUAUUGGCGUCGCUACAGAAGGAGAGCUUGAGACUGAGCCCGAAAUCGGCACUCCCAAACCUGGCACGGCCGGAGAAACCUCUGGCGAUGAUGACGAAAGCGAGGAUUCGUCCCCUGAAGACGCACACGAAGACCUAGAUGAUGAUGCUCUCGAGCAACAACGUCAAAUGCAACAGCAAAGGGAAGAGAUUGCGGAGCUUGACGCCUUAGUACGCUCGGAGACCCUCAAGUGGGAGCAGAUGAUGAAUCCUAUCUUAAAGGCGAAGCUUGGAAGGCGAGUACAGAGCUUGAAACAGGAACUAGAACUCAAAAGGGUCUCCAUUGGAGAAGGGAAUACGGAUGAUUGA